GAGCGAGUUGGCGGGCAGAGAGGAGAGAGGGUCGCGCACACCGUCGGGGCGGCGGCGGCGGCGGCGGCAACAACCAUGCAGGCACGCCGAGCCAAGCUGAAGAUUCCCUCGCUGACCUUGGUGGAUUUGUCACCCGGUAGCCAGAGCCCGACCCUUCUCAGCCCCUGCAGCCCUUGUAGUCCUUUGACUCUGCAUCCCUGGAGCUGUCGAAGCAACAGGAAGAGCCUAGUGGUUGGAACACCUUCGCCUACCCUCUCACGUCCUUUGUCGCCCCUCUCUGUGCCAACAGCCAGUAGCAGUCCAGUUGAUAGUCCUCGCAAUUUCUCCACAGGUGCCUCUGCCAGCUUUCCCUUUGCUCGCAGCCAUGUUCCUCGAACCGACAGGGCUGAUGGCCGAAGGUGGUCACUCGCCUCAUUGCCCUCAUCCGGCUAUGGGACCAACACUCCCAGCUCCACUGUUUCAUCAUCGUCUUCCUCCUCUCAGGAGCGUCUCCACCAACUGCCCUACCAACCUACGCCUGAUGAACUGCACUUCCUUUCAAAGCACUUCCGUAGCACCGAAAGCGUCCCGGGAGAAGACGGGCCCCAUUCGCCCUAUUCCCGUCCUCGGGCCCGCAGCUUGAGCCCUGGGCGGACAAGUGGGAUCUUUGACAAUGAGGUGGUAAUGAUGAAUCAUGUAUACAAGGAGAGAUUCCCAAAGGCCACUGCCCAGAUGGAAGAGCGCCUGGCAGAGACAAUUGCUGCUUUCUCGCCCAGUAGCAUCCUCCCUUUGGCUGAUGGCCUACUGGGAUUCAUCCACCACCAGAUCAUUGAACUGGCCCGUGACUGUCUCAACAAGUCCCAAGGGGCCCUCAUUACCUCCCGCUAUUUCAUUGAACUGCAGGAGAAGCUGGAGAAAAUGCUAAGAGAUGCUCAGGAGCGCUCCGAGAGUGAGGAACUGCACUUCAUUGAACAGUUGGUCCGUAAAUUACUGCUCAUCAUUUCCCGGCCAGCUCGGCUGCUGGAGUGCUUG